AUGUUGCUUAAUUCCUUUGAGAGUUGCCACGACACCGUGGGUAAGAGACUUACCGGCCACUACGACACACAUAUUUCAGCAAGAUGCCCCAUAAAGAACGUCAAGGGCUGGAAGGAAGAAACACUCAAGAUCGCUGCUGCAUACCUGGCCGGCAAGGAUCCCAAGACUGGCCUACAGUAUCACGUGUCGGUCACGGCCAUUCAUAGUCCUAACCCCAAGGAUGAUGCAGAGGAUGCGGCUCGCGAAUGUCCAGAUUAUGCUGCUGCGGCGACCCUUGAUCAACUCACUGGCUCUGAGGACUACGUUGUGUUUGUCUGCUCGGCUCUUGGAGAGUUCAGUGAAAAGAACACUAAGAAUCAUGUCACUCUCAACGAAGGCACUGACCCGACUUGCAAUGUCACCCUGCAAUACACCUUGAGCGACGAUGAUCGUAGCUCUUGGGACGUGAUGGACACGGCAACCUACAAUACUAUUAUACAAAUGGCAGGCGGCGAUGAACACGAGUCAAGCAUUGAAUGGUGGGAUGAGACAACUCAUGGUUGGAUCAAAAAGAGACCAGCAGUCGACACUAUUCGAAUCCCUGGUCUUGUUCACGAGUCAAGCACUUGCUUCAUGGAACCCAAGAAGACUGGUGGUUCCGUGGAUGAGCUUUAG